GUUGUUUGUGUUUCACCUUCUCUCUACUCAAUAAGGAAGCAUUCAUAAAAGUGUGAAUCAAGUGGAUUCUAAGACUGGUCUAUAUCAUAGCAAUCGUCAGUUUUCCUAAGUAAAGGCUUGUUUUUUCAUAUAGAAUAUAUAUGUCGGUCCAAGAAUCAAUCCAAAAUUUACAGACUUUCGAUGCAUUUGCCGAUGCUGCUGAUGCCGCUGCUGGAGGAAGCCUCAAGCCGAUUCAUAUAAGGAUACAGCAAAGGAACGGGAGAAAGACAUUGACAACAGUUCAAGGGAUACCAAGUGACUACGAUCAAAAGAAAAUUGUCAGGGCGUUCAAAAAGGAAUUCAAUUGCAAUGGAACUGUGAUAGAACAUCCAGAGCAUGGUGAAGUCAUUCAGUUACAAGGUGAUCAGAGAACCAAUAUUCAGCAAUUCCUCUUGGAUAUACAAUUGGCUAAGAAAGAACAGUUGAAGGUGCAUGGUUUCUAAUGGAUCAUGCUACUGACGUUCAUAUUUCAAAGACUGCUUUCAGCUUCUCAUCAACAAUAGAUAUAAAUAUUCAUUAUUUCUGGAGGACUUUCUUUAUGCUUAUUGAUUUUAAUCUGGCAUGAUUUGUCUUCUGAUUUUUAUAAACAACAGUUUUGAAAUCAUAAGUAAUUUUCAUGUGAUGUAUAACAAGUAAUAAACAGCUUUUUCUUCUGUAUUUAUGUGUUAACAUUUCUUUGAAAUAUUUCAAUAUUUGGUAAAAUGCAUCACCUGCUGCAUA